ACCGCUCAAUUAAUAUUUGCACUCAGGGUUGGGGUUAAAUUACAUGACGUUAUUCAUUGCUCUAACUAAGCUGGGUUGGGUGCGCGCCAAGUGACGUGGAGUGGGCUUCCGUUAGGUCCUGUAAGCACAUGUAAAAGGCCUCCCCUGGCGCAUGCGGCGUCACACGUUUGUGUUCGUCAUUUACGAGAAGUCAGUCAAGCAUGUCUGGAAGAGGCAAAGGAGGUAAAGGGCUCGGGAAAGGAGGCGCUAAGCGUCACCGUAAAGUUCUGCGGGAUAACAUCCAGGGCAUCACCAAACCCGCUAUCCGUCGUCUCGCUCGCCGCGGCGGAGUCAAGCGUAUCUCCGGUCUGAUCUACGAGGAGACCCGCGGUGUCCUGAAGGUGUUCCUGGAGAACGUGAUCCGCGAUGCCGUGACCUACACCGAGCACGCCAAGAGAAAGACCGUCACCGCCAUGGACGUCGUGUACGCGCUGAAGCGACAGGGACGCACUCUGUACGGCUUCGGAGGAUAAACGCGUCCGUGUUAGCAGAAAACCACAAAGGCUCUUUUAAGAGCCAC